AUGACUUCGUGGCUUCAGAUUCCCAAGAACUCGCCGUUCUCACUGGCCAACAUUCCCUUCGGCAUCAUCUCAUCACAAUCCGCAUCCAAAGUCGGUGCAAUUGCCAUCGGUGAUCAUGUAUUAGACUUGAGCGCAUUCGGCUCACUGGGAGGCUUCUCUCACCUCUCAGAGUUCCAACAACACAUUGGUGUAUUCAACCAGCCCACACUGAAUGAUUUCGCUGCACUCGGUCGUCCCGUGCACCGACAAGUGCGCGAGUACCUCCAGGACAUCUUCCGCGCCGACACCAAAUUCCCCCAGGUUCUCAAGGAUAAUGCUGCUCUCCGUGACGCAGCGUUGCUACCGCGGUCUCAGAUCACGAACCACCUCCCCAUGCAGAUCGGUGACUACACCGAUUUCUACGCCGGUUUGAACCACGCCUACAACAUUGGCGUCCUGUUCCGUGGCCCCGACAAUGCCCUCCAGCCCAACUACAAGCACCUUCCCGUUGCCUACCACGGUCGUGCCUCAUCAGUCGUGCCCUCUGGCACACCCCUCCACCGCCCCCAGGGCCAGGUCCUCGCCAACCCCGCCGCCAACCCCAAGGUGCCCACCUUCUCCCCUUGUAAGAAGCUCGACAUCGAGCUGGAACUUGCCUGCUUCAUCGGCAAGCCCAACGAUCUCGGCCGGCCCGUCUCAAUUGACGAAGCCGAGGACCACAUCUUCGGUCUCGUCCUCAUGAACGACUGGUCCGCCCGUGACAUCCAAGCAUGGGAAUACGUCCCUCUCGGCCCCUUCAACGCCAAGAACUUCGGCACAACCAUUACUCCCUGGGUCGUCCUCAUUGAUGCCUUGGAACCCUUCCGUGCCCCUGGUCUCGAGCCUGCCAACCGCGACUCUCUGCUCCCUUACCUGCGCGAGAAGCGCGCCGAGGGUGCCUAUGAGAUCCCCCUUGAUGUCGAGGUUACCAAUGCUGGCGGCCAGCCUACUGUUAUUUCCAAGAGCAAUGCUCGCAAUCUGCUUUACUCUUUCCCUCAGAUGGUUGCCCACCACACUAUCACGGGUUGCAACUUGCGCACUGGUGACUUACUUGGAUCGGGUACUAUUUCUGGCACUGAGCCUAGGUCUGAGGGUAGUUUCUUGGAGCAGACUAAUGGCAAGACGCCUAUAAAGUUGGCGGAUGGCUCUGAGCGUAUGUUCCUGGAGGAUGGCGAUACUGUUAUUCUGCGUGGUAUGGCUGGUACGGAAGGCAACUAUGUUGGCUUCGGUGAUUGUGUUGGCACUAUCUUGCCUGCUAUUCCGUUGCAGUAG